UUUUUCUCCUUCACCUAUUUCAGCAACAAUUACCAUCAUCGGAGCCUCUUCACUUACGCAUUUUAUCUUGAUCUGUUUACAUAACUUUAUUCGGACGGUGGCUGGAAACAUUGUGUUUCGUUCAAUAUACAUACCUAGUAGGUAUGCCGAUCGAAAAUGUGGUUCUUUAUUUCGGAAAAUACAAUUUUACUGCAUAAUUAUAAAAUUUUUUGAAAAAAAUAAACAUCUAUCAAAUUUAUAACUACGAAAAUGAACUUAUUUUCUCGAGUUUUUAAACGUGAAUAUAUUCUUAUUAAGUAGUGUUGGUUCGAGUGCGUAAGGUGUUAAAUUCGUUAUUUGUUUUCGAUACCUUGUAUUCGUUAAUUUUACAAACCCAAAUGUGCCAAGGUACAAUUUUCACCGUACAAUUAUUAUUAAUCACCAUCUAUUCAACUUUCGCCCAAGAUCUUUCGAAUAAACCGACAAAUUUGACACUUUCGCAUAAUGAAACUAAACAGGAUUCAAAUAUAACUUGGAUUAAAAUAUCUCCAAUCACGCCCAAUAUCACCACGGAAAUAGCAUUGGAUAUCUCCAGCAUAAAUUGUACAACCGCGGAAAAUGCUUCCGGAGAAUAUCAAAAUUCCGAUAUUGCCAGUAGCUUAAAACGAAAACGCAGAAAACGAAGACGUAAUAAAUAUAAAGCGUGGAAUCAGCGUAGACCUGAUCAUUCGUAUAAGAAACAUAGUACCAGAGUCGAGUUGAACAAACCCGUUCAAUUUUUAGUGCCACCGGAUUUUCACGAAAAUCUUAUUCCAAAAGAAACGACUUACUAUAAAAGUCGCAACGAUGGCUUGGAAAAAUUCGUGAGUCGAACCGAGAAGAAAAUACCACCUCCGGUGAGACAUCUGCUGCCGCCUUUGGUCGACACUAGAUUUACGAAUUCCAUCAAUUCGGUAACUUCGGCACCUAUUCAGAGAGAGCCAAUAAAAAAAUCAAAAAAUAUAGAAUGGUCUCCUAAUAGUACCAACAGAGGGUCAACUAAAUUCAAACAUACUGUUUAUUAUUCCGACAGCGGUAAUGAAAUCAUAUCUAAUUACGAGGUCACAUCGACGACUCCAGUACCGAAAAUUAAAUAUAAACCCAAUAAUGACGAUCGUGCAUUCUCUGCUUCUCGUACUGCAGCAGAAACCCUGAAAAAUCAGCAUAAAUUAGAAUACAGACCGAUUGUUGUUCAGCCAACACCAAUCCAAUAUCAUACCACACCUAUACCAUUUCACAAUCAUACUACCACUUACCCUAGCAGAGACAACCGUAUAAAUAAUUUAGUUUCUUUCGAAGUUGCAAAUGCUGGAAUGCAGGUUAUAAAUAUGACAACUUACCAACAGCGCAAUUCACAACAAUUUGAAAACCAAUUCGUUCCGAUCGACACAUACAAGCAGGUCGAACCUCCAUCCGUGCAACGAUCGCCAAAUUUCCAACAAACACCUACACAACCACAAGUUUCACAACCAAUAAACUACCAACAGUAUCAACCAGGGCAAGAAACUACCCAUCCAGUAAAUUAUCAACAAUCUCAGCCUUCUCAGCAGAAUUAUCAACAACUACAAACUUUAGACCAUCCUAGUCAGCAAAUCAAUUAUCAACAACCUCAGCCUGCUCAACAGAAUUAUCAACAACAGCAAUCUCUGGAUCGUCCUAGUCAUCAAAUAAAUUAUCAACAACCUCAACCUCCUCAGCAGAAUUACCAACAACAGCAAUCUUUAGAUCGUCCUAGUCAGCAAAUAAGUCAUCAACAAUCUCAGCCUCAACAAGUAAAUCAUCAGACAGCUCGAUCUCGACAAACAAAUUACGAACCUGUUCAAUCUCAGCAACCAAACUAUCAACAAACCCGGCCCUCAGAUCGCACUCUUCAGGCAACAAAUUAUCAACAAUCUCUAUCCACAGAGCGAGUUCCUCAACAGUCGGCAUUACAGCAUCAGCAUAAAGCAGUGCAAAACCAGCAAUCUCAUCAUUCUCCACAGCAAAUCAAUUAUCCUAAAUCGCAACCUCAGCAACCAAAUUACUCGCAGCAAUAUCAACAAACAAAUUAUCCGCAAUCGCAGCCUCAACAACAAAUUUCUCAACAAUAUCAGCAAACUCAACCUCCUUUGUCAAGUAUAAGUCCACGUUCUCAAAAUUUGCAACAAAUCGAAUUUCUGCAGCCAUUUCAAAAUUACAAUCAACAAUCACAUCAGAAUUACCAGCAAACAACUUCCAAUUUAGCACCGGAGUUACGUACUACGACACCAAUUCCGAGAUUGGUCAGUAAUCGAACAACUACGAUUCCAACAGACAAAACAGAAAAUUUCAAAGGAUUGGAUUUAGCCGAAUCUAAAUAUUUUUCCGAUAUACCUUCUGAACAGGAAUUCAAUGCGGUGCAAAAUGACGGUCAAGUCAUUCCCGGAGUUGCCGGAAAAGAUUAUCCAGUUUUUGAUCAAUUUCUACUGUCGAAGCGUCGUUUCUCGUGUCGCGGACUAGAAGGUUAUUUCGCAGACGUUACAAGCCGAUGUCAGGUAUUCUACAUUUGUAAUGGAGAUGGUGCUGGAGAACCUAUGUUAUGUCCAAAUGGUACCUUAUUUAGUCAAGAAUUAUUAGUGUGCGAUUGGUGGUAUAAUGUAGAUUGUUAGUUAGUUUGUAUAUUUUGU